UCCUCUCGUGUGUGUGUGUGUGUUUGCGUGGGGAACCUCCGCAAUGUCCUUCCAGAGAAGUCGUUUCUCCUUACAAGGCAAGCUUCGGCGCGGGAGGAUCAGAGAUUCGACAGGAAAAUUUUCUCCGCCCACUCGUCCGCCCUUACGAUUAUUCCUCGUCCUAACUCCCUCACGUCGCUGUAAUCCAUCCAUCUGUCUGCGCCUCCGUUAUUACGUUGAACCCAGCAUCAGUUGGACUGCUGGACGAACAGAGCAUUCGCGAGAUUUAGUCAGGUAGUUGUGACUCGGAAUUGGGAUAUCCCCCCCGAAGGUGGGGAAAUCGUCGACGUUGUUCCGGGAAACCCCUCGGGUCGUCGCGGGUUCCAGCGAAUACCGCUUUUGAACGUUGGGGGAGUUAUACGCGCUAGUGAGUUGGCUCCACGUCCCAGUUCGCUCGUUGCCAGCGUACGGAGAAGUUGUCGAAGCGAUAGUCCGUGCUGUGCUGUGACUGUUUGUGGUUAUACGCGGGAAAGGAGACGACACUUGUGAAAAUUUGUUCGGGGAUCAUCGCGACGAUGCUGCCCCGUAGUGUGACAAACUAUCCGGCUUCGGUCGAGGUCAAUACGAAGAUGGACGUCUGCCGUGACAAGCCAGUGACUGCGUCAGCGAGACGCGAAGUUCCUCCGCCGACUCCCGACACCCUGAGCAAUUCGUACAGCGUCGGAACCAAGUUGGGCGCUGGUGGGUUCGGUAUCGUGUAUGCCGGGACUCGCGUCAGUGACGGACAUCCGGUCGCCAUUAAGCACAUCGCGAAGCGGAAGGUGACUGACUGGGGUCGCACGGAAACCGGACGCCUCGUGCCGUUGGAGAUCUGCUUAUUGCGCGCCGUGUCGCAAAUCCCCGGCGCCAUCGAAGUGCUGGACUUCGUCGAGCAGAGUGACAGCUGGAUGAUCGUGCUGGAGCGUCCGAGUCCAUCGCAGGACCUUUUCGACUUCAUCUCGGAGAAGGGCGCCCUGGACGAGGCUCUCGCGCGUCACUUUUUUAAGCAGGUCGUGGACACUGUGAUUGCGUGUCGCGACGUGGGCGUCAUUCAUCGUGACAUUAAAGACGAGAACCUGUUGGUGGAUCUCAAUUCCAUGCAGCUCAAGCUCAUCGACUUCGGGUCCGGCGCCUACUGGCGUGACACCCCCUACACCGACUUCGACGGCACCAGAGUUUACAGCCCCCCUGAGUGGAUCAGCUCCUCACGCUACUACGGGGACUGCGCCACCGUGUGGUCUCUUGGUAUCUUGCUGUACGACAUGGUGUGUGGCGAUAUUCCGUUUGAGAAGGACAAUGAGAUCUUGAACGCGCAAGUCUCGUUUCGCACUGCUCUUUCAGCUGAGUGCAAGGACUUGAUCAGACGGUGUCUGUGCAUCCUGCCUCGUGACAGGAUGACGUUGGAGGAGAUGCUGACGCACCCGUGGAUGGCGGCACUCGUGGACGGUCGUGGAGCGCCGUCGACGUCGUCCAUGUCGUGGUCUUCGUACGACUCGGCGUCGGUUUGAUGACGACGCCUCGUUUAGGACGGAUUAUUUUUCUUUUGCCCCACGGGACUCGUGUGUUUGUGUCGUGCGUGAGAGUGAAUGUGGCCGUGGCGCGGUUUAUUAUCCCGGAGUAUUAUCCCGCGCGUUAGUUGGCGGUUGUGACGAUAUUGUACGUCGUGUUUGAUGUCGUGUCGAAGGAUAGGUGGACAAUUCUGUCGCGUUUCUAGCCGGGGAACCGGGGCUCUCUCCCUCUCGCGCUCUUUUUUUUUUUGCGAAAAGGAAAAAGAAAAGGUGGGGGUGGGGGGUGAGUCCCCCUUUGUAAAGCCGCGUUUCCUGCCCUUAUUUCCGUUCAUCCUUCUCUUGCUCUGGUCUGUGUGUUUCUUCAUCGCCUCUCCUCUUUUCUCUAUGCAGUAUAUAUAUAUAUAUUUAUAAAUAUAUAUAUAUAUAUAUGUGCUCGUGUGCUGUUGUGCUGGCAGCGGUGGUCGAGACUCGGGAGUCGCGUCCCUUUAGUAAAGUAUGCUGCCGUGGGGCGCCCUUGUGCUGCCACUACCACCAUCAUUGUUGUCGUGCUGGCACUAGUGGCACCGCCGCGGGGCGUUUACUGUGAUUCAAAAAGCGGCUCCCGUGAUCAGGGGCCUCCGCUCUGUCGACAACCGGUGAAGCCUCCACUCACUGGUGGUGUUUUUUUUUUGAAACAUUUUUUUUUGGCGUAGAAAAUUACGUCUUUUAGGGGGUUGGAGGGGGGAAAAUGUCACGCAUCACGCUUGUGACCUUCAACGUGUUUUUUCUCACAAUCGAACAUGAAGCGGAGUUUUUUUUUUGUGAAGGUUAAAGACAAAAAAAAGAAAACUUGCCGAACUGCUUGAGCUUUAAUCCGGGCGGGACGAAUGCUGUUCAAGUCAUCAAGAAUGCAUCCAAUGGUAUCUUUAAUCCAAGAUGAACGAGGGGGACUCUUCUAUUUUUUAAAUUCGCGACAUUGGUGACGUUAACACUUUUUUUGACAUCAAAUGAAGGAACGAAUGGCUAGUUGACUCCGUGUAAACUGCGUUUGAGACCCGUCUUCAAUUGUGUAAUUAAUACAAGCUAUGCGUAUUUCCGAUCAUAUAUUUGUUCCGUUAUUUAUUUGUUGCACCCCAUACACACACACACACGUAUUCAUUGUCGGUCUUGCUGUUGUGCGUUGUUCUUGGUCGAAAAUACGCCCUCGGGUAAAAUCAGGUUCACUUUGUGUAGAUUUGUCCUUUUUUUCGUGUUCUCCUUCUGUCGUCUCCUCGAGACAUGAAACGGAUUAUUCAAGUGUCGCUGCCCCUAAACCCCUUUUGUCAGGUGGAUUCGACUUUACUGUAAGAUGCGGUCGCGCGUGUGCGGAGUUUUUUGCACCAGAGUGCCGAACAUGGUUUAAGGAAAUGUGGUCCAAAAAGCAGGUUUUUUUUUUCUAUUUGCUGGGAGGGAAGGUUUCAACUACUGUAUAUCUUGUCCCAAGAGGAAAAGAGGAAUGUGACGACGACGUGUCUGUUCACGUUGGGAUGGGAAAAAGUGUGUGUGGCCUUUGGGAGGCCGGAACCAUCCAGAUUUGCUCGUUGUUUUUUUUUUUUUUUUUUCUUUUUUUGCCCUCGGAAUUAUUUCUGUGCUCGUAAUGCGAAUUUUGGCCGAAAUGCAUAUGCAGGUGUUUGCAGUCAAAGAAUAUGAGGGCCACGUUUGUUUGUUUUUUUGGUUUCGUCAGUCACUGCGAAUGAAUUCCCCAGAGACAUUUUUUCGAGGGCAGACGUUGAGUUACGUACGUACUUCCGAAGGACGGGAGUGCGUAGGAGAUAAUAACUGGGGCAAAGGGUCUGGAAAGUGUUCCAGUGCGGGUUUAACAAUUCCGAACCCUCCUUUUUUUGUUCGUUUUUCGUCGAGUUCCAAGCCUUUCAUUCAACAUUAAUCAUGGACUCAUGGUAUCAUCGGAGAGAGAAAAUGCAAAUUUUGACAUUCUUCUGUAGAAAAA